AUGAUAGCAUCAUCCGCACGUUUCUACAGAAAAAAGUAUCUCCAUCAAAGAGGCCUCUUCGAGCGCCUCAAAUCUGAGGUUGCAGAAACGAUGUCACUACGGAAGAUCAACGAAGAAUUGAGAUCAGAGAAUGAGCAGCUUCGACAAUAUGCCGGGAUAAGUGGUCCAGGAUCCGCGACGGCGUCUAGUGAGAACGGGAAGCGUCGCCGGACAGACGCAUAUAGGAGUGGAACAGAAGCGAGGGACUUGUCAAGUCCCCAUUCAGUGUCGAAUUUGUUGGGACCAAACCGACUGACUCUUCCAGCAAAUCACCAGCAACCGAAAUUUACCCAACAACUCUCCAAUUCCGACGCGAACAGCCAUUCAAACCGAGGUACGGCCCAAGAUCAGCAGAGAGACCGACCUGGGUCGAGUCGUUUUGUGCAACAAUAUGCCUAUGUUCCCCCCCAGACUCCUCAGCAACAGAAUGCCUCUUCUAUGUCGCAGAGUACUCCCAUACAUCAAAUCCAUCCACGGAACAACUCUCUAAUGCCCCCGCCUCCUACCCCUGUCAUGCGCAAUGCUCAGGGUGGGGCCCUUCGAUCAGACUCUUUGUCAAUUGCUAGCAUCUCUCGAAGCUCGGUUCAAAUGCCUCGACCUACAAACGCCCUCGUCUCAACUCAGCAUCCUCCGUCUCGUUUUGGAUUUCCACCUGGUUCGAAAAGCUCCGGUGCCUACUUGACCUCUUCUGCAAACUCAAAUCGUUUCAUUCCCUCGACAUCAUCUGGUGUGCCCUCUCAGCAAGCGGGCUUCAUUCCACAGACUCCUUCUGGUGGCUCUAGGCGUUUCCUUCCUCCUGCAUCUGGAUCCCGAGCGCCUUCUCGUGCUGCUGGUACUCCUUCUCAUAAUAACCAAAGUCCGAGACUGCCCUUCGUUCCUCAAUACGGUUAA